GACAACGGGCGUGGCUUGUCGGGUCUGGGCGUGGUAAUGGCGGUAGGGGCGGGACCCGAGUGGCACUUUCGCUGGUUCCUCUCCAGUCGACCUCCCCAUCUUGAUCAUGGCGUCUAGCUGCAUUCACUUGUCCGGGGCUCUACGCUCACAGCUCCUGGCCUCGGUCGAUACGCUGUUGUUUGACUGCGAUGGGGUGCUGUGGAAAGGAGACAGCCCGAUUCCCGGGGCCGUGCAAUUAAUUAACCGGCUGCAGGAGCGGGGGAAGCGGGUCUUCUUUCUGACCAACAAUAGCACCAAGAGCAGGCAGAUGUAUGGGGAGAAGCUGCAGGGCCUGGGCUUCCAGGCUCGCCCCGAACAGGUCUUCGGUACCGCGCCCUGCGCCGCACUCUAUUUACGGCAGGAGGCCAAGCUCCGAGGUUCCGUCUACCUGAUCGGCGGCGCGGCUCUCCGUGGGGAGCUAAGGGCACAAGGCAUCGUCUGUUCGGGCUCUGGGCCCGGUCCAGAGCUCACCCCUGGUCCCGGGCCCAUGCAGGCUUGGGCGGCCGAACCUCUUGACCCAGCUGUGGGCGCCGUGCUGAUCGGUUUCGACGAGCAUUUCACUUACAUGAAGCUGUGCCGGGCCGCCCGCUACCUGCGGGAUCCCUGCUGUAUCUUCCUUGCCACAAAUACAGACACCCUGCUCCCAAUGGAGGGAGGUGGGAUCCCGGGCACAGGCUGCUUGGUGAAGGCAGUUGAAGCAGCAACAAAUCGCACUGCUCAUGUCAUCGGCAAACCCAAUGCUUUCAUGUUUGAUUGUAUGGUGAAAGAGCAUGGCAUUGAUCCAAGCAGGACAGUAAUGGUGGGAGACCGGCUGGACACUGACAUCCUCAUGGGGUCCAAUUGUGGCCUCCGCACCAUCCUAACUCUAACUGGCGUUUCCACCCUAGAAGAGGCAACGGCCUAUCUGGAAAGUGACUCCCCUCACCACCACAAGCUGGUUCCCAGCUAUUACGUGGGCAGUGUAGCUGACCUGCUUCCAGCACUUGAUUGACAAAAGCCAUGACAUUGUGCUCAUUUUAUGCAUGGCUUUUACUGUAUUGUUAUCCUCUGUACUGUACAAUCACUGUAAUAUCAUGAAUACCUCAGUGCAAUGAUGUGUUAAAUGUUUUUGUAUAAAGUUUAUUUUAAAUAGCAGUCUAUAACAAUCAUUGUUAUUUCUUGUUCUGAAUAAGGCUGGAACAAAAGUGUGUUUCAGUGACAAACCAGAUGCACUUAUCUGUAAUAUGGCACAUUGGGGUGGAAGAUCAUGUCUGUAGAUAAUGUCAUCCUGUAAGAUGCAAUUCUGGUGUUUAUGUAUCUGAAAGGAUGCUAUUUAAUGCAUUUAAUAAGAAUAAAGUAUUACUGCUGUUCAGUCGUAA